ACAACCACUGCAGCUCUAACUACAACAACUGCUGCUCAAACGACCACUACAACUCCAGAGCCUAUUACGACAACCACUGCAGCUCCUGCUACAACUACAACUUCAGCUCCUACGACAACCACAACAACAGCAACUACAACAACUGUAGCUCCUACAACAACUUUAGCGUCCACUUCAACCACAGCAGCUGCCUCUACGACAACCACUGCAGCUCUAACUACAACAACUGCUGCUCAAACGACCACUACAACUCCAGAAACUAUUACGACAACCACUGCAGCUCCUGCUACAACAACUACAACUUCAGCUCCUACGACAACAACAACAACAGCAACUACAACAACUGGAGCUCCUACAACAACUGGAGCUCCUACAACAACUUUAGCGUCCACUUCAACCACAGCAGCUGCCUCUAUGACAACCACUGCAGCUCUAACUACAACAACUGCUGUUCCUACGACCACUGCAACUCCAGAACCUAUUACGACAACCAGUGCAGCUCCUACUACAACAACUGCUGUUCUAACGACCACAGUGACUGCAGCACCUUCUACAACAACUACAACUUCAGCGCCUACGACAACCACAACAGCAACACCUACAACAACUGUAGCUCCCACGCCAACUGCAGCUCCAACAACAACUUUAUCAUCUACUUCAACCACAGCAGCUGCCUCUACGACAACCACUGCAGCUCUAACUACAACAACUGCUGCUCUAACGACCACUACAACUCCAGAACCUAUUACGACAACCACUGCAGCUCCUGCUACAACAACUACAACUUCAGCUCCUACGACAACAACAACAACAGCAACAACUGUAGCUCCUACAACAACUGGAGCUCCAACAACAACUUUAGCGUCCACUUCAACCACAGCAGCUGCCUCUACGACAACCACUGCAGCUCUAACUACAACAACUGCUGCUCAAACGACCACUACAACUCCAGAACCUAUUACGACAACCAGUGCAGCUCCUACUACAACAACUGCUGUUCUAACGACCACAGUGACUGCAGCACCUUCUACAACAACUACAACUUCAGCGCCUACGACAACCACAACAGCAACACCUACAACAACUGUAGUUCCCACGACAACUGCAGCUCCUACAACAACUUUAUCAUCUACUUCAACCACAGCAGCUGCCUCUACGACAACCACUGCAGCUCUAACUACA